AUGGAGCUGCUCAUCAUGAUUGCCGCUUGCAAGGGAGGCUCGUCCAAGUCUGUCACGGCCAUCAUGCCCUACUUCNNCCCCUACUCGCGCCAGUCCAAGAAGAAGAGCCACCGUGGAGCCAUCACCGCUCGCAUGAUUGCCAACUUGAUGCACGUCGCCGGCGUCAAUCAUGUCAUUACCAUUGAUCUCCACGCCAGCCAGAUGCAGGGUUUCUUCAAGUGCCCCGUCGACAAUCUGGUCGCCGAGCCCCUCCUCGCUCGCUGGAUCCGCAGCCAUGUACAGAACUGGAGGGAGGGUGUCGUCGUCAGCAAGAACCCUGGCGGUACCAAGCGUGUGACCUCGCUGGCCGAUGCCUUGAAGCUGAGCUUUGGCAUCGUCACGACCGACAGAGUCCGCCACAACAUGGGCCAGAGCAUGUACAACAGCGUCAUCUACCAAUCCGCUACCGGCGAAAACAUNGCCCCGAUCGAAGUCCAGUCUGCCGCACCCGAAGAAGUCGAGGCCGAACAACACAUUGAUCUCGACCACGCUCCCCCAAUCGAGCACGACUUUGCGCCUCAGGCCGGCUCCAGCAAGCCUUCCGACUAUGCCAACUCUGAAGCUCGCCCCGACAACUUCUCUCGCCGUCCUGCUAAGCAGCGCUCAACAACCACAUUCAGCAGCAGGCUGCUGGGUGCCCCUGCUCUUCCUAGUCCUUUGGCCCAGUUCUCGCGCCCCGACUCGUCCGACGGCGUGAACAAGGAGGAAGAGGAGGACAACUCAACCAACAGACCCAGCCGACCCAGCUUUGGUCUUGACGGNCCCCCUAAGAUGCACCGCACAGCCACCGCUCUCGGCACCGUACAGCCUCCUGCCGAGCCCAGCACCGACAAUGAAGACGAAGAGGAUGCAGACGAAUACACAGAUGAGCGUGCCCGCAACGUUAUUACCGGUCGCCUGAUCCACGGUCAUCUUGUCGACGAUGAUUUCCCUUCUCCAAUCAUGUCCGCCAUGUCGAGCUCCACNCCCGGACUCUACCCCAUGAAGAGCGCCGGCUCCGACGACGAAGAGAUUCCUGACCACAUGAUGAACUCCUUCAUGUCGAACACCUCAUCCCGCCGUCCUGACUUUGCCCUCGGGGGUACUGGCGACGCCACAGCUUCUGACGAUGAAGAGGAAGAAGCCCUCCAGGAUCCCGAACUUGAAACCACCAUUACACUCGUCGGCAACGUGCGCAACCGUCCCGUCUUCAUUGUUGACGACAUCAUGGACAAGGCUGGCUCCUGGAUCGCCGCAGCCGAGACUGUCGUCAAGAGGGGUGGUGCCACAAAGGUCUACUGCAUGGCCACUCACGGCCUCUUUGGCGGCGACUGCCUCCGCGAGAUGGAUGAAUGCGAGGAGAUUGAUGCCAUCGUCGUCACCAACGCCUUCCCCAUUCCCGAGGAGAAGCGCAAGGGUAUCCGCAAGCUGGUCAUCUUGGACGUGAGCACCUUGCUCGCUGAAUCCAUUCGCCGCAACCACCACGGUGAAAGCAUUAGCCAGCUCUUCAUGCAUCACGAUUGA